UUUCAGCCUGCCACUGUGUCAGUUGUGAAAUCAGGGAAGCAGUGAAAAUAGGAAGCUAAACAAAACCACAGCGUUUUGUUUAACAGACCUGGCAUCGUAGGUAACUUAAUACUCCUGGCCUAGGGGAGGAAUCUGUGCAUGGUUAUUGGGGUAAGCUUAGAUCCCAACAGGAGAAUGCGGCUUUGAGAGACUGGGGGGGACGAUGCUCGGUUGAAAAGUUGAGAUGUCAGAAAUCAGAUCCUUGUAACUCAGUACCGGAGUCUGUGUUCCUUGAAAGGGAAGGUAUGCGAGGAGGUGUUAACUCACCCUUCUCGUGGCUGAUAGGAGCGACUGCGCCCUGCGAGUGAGCUUACGGCUAGUGCUGCUUCAUGCUUUUUUAAAAAUUGUGGACACCGUAAUGAACUCGUGUGUUUUGUGUAAAGCUCCAAGGUCUUGGAUUUAAACAGAUUCUGGCUUGCUUGCAACUGCUGGGAAAGUUAUAAAUUAGUCAUAACCCAGGUUUUUUUAUUAAUUCAUGGUUUCUGCCAUGUUUUCUUUUGUUUGAUGCUGGCAGUGUGACCAGAAGGUUGCCCUGAAAAGCACCAUAUGAAGGUGGAGUAUGGAAAGUUAGAGUCGACCUUCCUGAUAAAUACCCUUUCAAAUCCCCGUCUAUAGGAUUCAUGAAUAAAAUUUUCCAUCCCAACAUUGACGAAGCGUCAGGAACUGUAUGUCUAGAUGUAAUCAAUCAAACUUGGACAGCUCUCUACGAUCUCACCAAUAUAUUUGAAUCGUUCCUGCCCCAGCUGCUGGCCUAUCCUAACCCUAUAGAUCCUCUAAAUGGUGACGCUGCAGCCAUGUACCUCCACCGACCAGAAGAGUACAAACAGAAAAUUAAAGAAUACAUUCAGAAAUAUGCAACAGAAGAAGCACUAAAAGAACAGGAAGAAGGCACCGGGGACAGCUCAUCUGAGAGCUCCAUGUCCGACUUCUCGGAAGAUGAGGCUCAGGAUAUGGAGUUGUAGUAGAAGAGGCAACCUGCUUUUCAGAGAGACUCUAAUUUCCUAACCAUGAGAAGCAGACUAUAAUAUUCAUAUUUAAACAAAGCAAUUUUUUUUAUUACUAAACAGGUUUUUAUGAAUAAUAGCAUUGAUAUAUAUAUAUCACCCUUUAGAUCUUGAUUUUCUUGGUCAUUUCUCGAACCCGAGGUGCAUAGCAUAUUCCCACAUUCCAUUUUGGUAGCAAUAUGCAGCCCGAAUGCAUGCAUUCAAAUUCCAUUUGGCCAAGUGAACUUGUGUGCUACUGAACUGUCAGCUAAAACAGCUGCCCUGGUAGGUAGGGAGUUAGCAAAAAGAUGUUUGCUUUCUUAUCGAUGUUUCCAAAGACACCACCUUGGAUGCUAACGUGGAACAGCGUUUUCUCAAAGUAUAAAAUCUGGGGGAUGAUAUACUAACCGUGUAGAUCAGACAGUGGAAUAAAAGGUGCUCCUUCAGGUCAACCUUGCUGAUCGUAUUUUAUGUGGAGUCACAUUUAAAAAAAAAAAUAAUAAAAAAAAAAUAAAAACAAACAAUACAAAUGCAUGGAGCUAUUCAGAGCAUUGAAGCUUAAAAAUUUUGACUUGGAUUUUAAGUCCGUUUUUAUAUGUGGACUCCUGCCUGCCCUUCUGAACUGUAGGGACUGACAACCACUGGUAUAUUUGCUUUUGGGACUUUUGAAAGCCUUCAUCUGGAUGUUGUUCACUUUCUUGGUCUGGAUUACGAGCUGUUCCCUUUUCGGAAGGAAAAAAAAAAA